ACAGCCAGCAGCUUCACCGCCGCGUCGCCAGCUGAGGCGUUACCCAUGAGACACCGGCGCGCCUGGGUGCGGCAGCUGCUGCUGUCGCUGCUGCUGUUGCUGCUGUCGUGCAGCAGUCGUGUUGCGGGGCAGCAGGCGGCCCCGCCGGAGGGCUCAGAGUACCUCGACGUGCGCCCCAACGGGGACUUCCGGUUCGGCUACAACAACGGUCCGCCGUCGCUGCACUUCCACACGGCGACGUCGCGCAACGGCGUGGUGCAGGGCCGCUGGGGGGAGCGCUCUCGCCCCGACACCGUCUACUCGGCGGGUCCCCGCGGCUACCGGGUGCGCGGCGCCGGCGUCCACCGCCGCAUGGACCUGUCGCAGGCGCCCAUCCCGUACCGGCCGCCGGUGCCGCAGGACAGCCCCCAGUACCAGCCCACCUACUCCGGCUACCACGACCCCAACGAGAGCCCCAGCUACCAGUUCACCAUCAACGAGCGCGAGCUGCAGCGCACCGAGGACAGCGACGCCUUAGGGCGUGUGAAGGGCCGCUACUCGUUCGUGGACGACGCGGGCGAGCGCCACACGGUGGAGUACGUGGCGGGCUCGGGCACCGGCUUCCAGGUGCUCACGGCGCACCCCGACCUGUCGGUCGGCGGCCCGCUGUUCGUGCAGGCUCCGCCGGGCCGGCCGCGGCCGGGGGACGCCAGGCUGCCCAGAGGCAGGUCGGAGGUCACCCGCCGGCUCGACGGCACCUACAGCUUCAAGGCGGCCGGGCCCACGUCGCGCCGCGAGGAGGCGAGCGACCGCUCUGGCGUUGUGCGCGGAUCGUACACGUACUUGGACGACAAGGGCGUGCAGCGCACCACGGAGUACAUCGCCGGGCCCAACAUCGGCUACAAGGUGGUCAGCAUGCGCAAGGGCCCAGUGCCCUACCUGCCGCCCACGAACACCAUCGGCACCGGCGCAGGAGGCCUCGGCGGGGGCGGAGGCGGGGGUGGCGGCUUCGAGGGACUCAGCACUGCCGCCACCGGGGGCACGGGGAGGCCGACGUCGCCUACGGCGAGUACGCCCGGCGCUGGUGCCGGGUCCCUGUUCGAGUCCAGCGCGGGCACCACCUUCCCUGCAGCUGGAGGUGGUGGUGGGGCCGGUCUAGGAGGGGGCGCCGGCGGCUUCCCGGGCCCUGGGGGCGGCGCCGGGGGCGGCACCACGGGGACCGGCUCGUCCAUCUUCAACACGCGGCCUCAGCGACCCACCACGGCGCUGCUGCCCGCUGCAGGCUCACACACCCCUGCACCGCCUGGAGGCGGCGGCUACACCGAUCAGGACAUAUUUGGCGGCUACCCCAGCGGAGGUCCUACAGGGGGGACGUCUCCCUCGGGAACGGCUGGGACGUCCCCGGCAGCCACCGGGCCCACCAACCGGCCAUCAACUGACGAUGACAUCUUCGGGGGCUUCGGCUCCCCUGCAGGGGGCGGCGGUGCUGGCGCCGCAGGAGGCGCAGGCGCAGGAUCAGGAGGAUCACGGCCGCCGCCUGCAGGCGGAAGCCCUUUCGGCGCAGGAGGCAGGCCGAGCACGUCGGCCCCCGGCGCAGGGGUGGGGGCGGGUUCUGGUACGGCCCUGGGCGGCGGCGCCGACCUGUUCGGCGGCAACGACGACUUGUUCGGCGACUUCGGCACAGGAGGCGGUGCGGGCGGCGGCAGCGCGGGGGCGGGAUCUGCGCUCGGCGGCGCCGGGGGUGGAGCGACCAGGCCCCCGGGCGGAGGCGGCGGAUUCGGCGGCGACGAGGACCUCUUCGGAGCAGGUCAGAGUCUUCUCUGUCUGCAGGCGACAUAGCGUCAACUUAGUACUCUCACUUCACGAGCCCCUCGUUGCAAUCUGCUGGUUACUGUUGAUGGAACACUUCGCAUCUAGGAAAAGCAUGUGACUGAAGUGUAUUCAGAGCUACGCUGUUUCUCUGUAGGUGGAAGAUUCACCAACGAACUGAAAAUUUGUAGCUGAGACUAUGACUAAUAAAUCAGUUACUGUGAAUACAGUUUCUUUUUAAUUCCAUCCCAAAAAAGGAA